UGCCACAACAGCCAAUGGCGAGCGAGUUUGUUGCGCAGAGCCAAUCAGCUGUAUCUUAAUGUGAAGCGAGCGCCUUGCCGGGUGAUUCUUAGCGUUAAUGGCUGCUUGCUGUGCUGCUUGCCGUUGGUGGCCGAGAUGGAGGACGAAGUCGGUGGGGAGUGCUGUGAUAGCGGCCUCCCGCGAAGUCGGCCCUACGGGUCUUCGGUUGAGGGGGCCCGGCUGCCUUCGCCUUACGCGGUUGAAUUCGACCACAGGCUUUAAUAGCUCUCCUGCCACCUCUGUAGCAACGACUGUGGAUGUUGGAAGCAAGAAAUUGGAAAUAUCUUCAGGAAAACUAGCCAGAUUUGCUGAUGGUUGUGCUGUGGUUAAGUUAGGUGAUACAGCAGUGAUGGUGACAGCGGUUAGUAAAACAAAAGCUACUCAAUCACAGUUCCUGCCUUUGGUGGUUGACUAUCGGCAAAAGGCUGCUGCUGUAGGAAGAAUACCUACAAAUUACUUGAGAAGAGAACUGGGUACUACAGAUCAUGAAAUUCUUACAAGCAGAUUAAUAGAUCGAUCAAUUCGACCACUUUUUCCAGCAGGCUACUAUUAUGAUACACAGAUCAUUUGUAAUCUUUUAGCAGUAGAUGAUACCUACAGUCCUGAGGUACAGGCAAUUAAUGCAGCUUCUGCAGCUCUUGCAUUAUCAGACAUUCCAUGGAAUGGACCUAUUGGAGCUGUAAGAGUUGGAAUGAUUGAUGGAGAAGUUGUUAUUAAUCCCACUCGAAAAGAAAUGUCUUCUAGUACUUUGAAUUUAGUGGUUUCUGGAGCCCCUCGGAGCCAUAUUGUUAUGUUGGAAGCUGCAGCAGACAACAUCCUGCAACAAGAUUUCUGCCAUGCCAUCAAAGUAGGUUUGAAGCAUACCCAGCAGAUCAUUCAAGGCAUACAGCAGCUGGAAAGAGAGCAAGGAGUCAAAAAGAGAACUGACCAGAAGUUAUUCACUGCCCCUGAGGAGAUUGUGAAAUAUGCACAACAACUUGCAUCUGAAAAAGUCACAGCAGUAUUUUCAGACUUCACACAUGAUAAAGUAAGUAUUUGCAUUCAUAUAAUCCCUUCUAGAUUUUCUUUGUGCAUCCCAGUAGGGCAACAUACUGACCUUAGCUUCAAGAGGCAAAAGAUGAUUCAAAACACUGGGAGUUGGGCAGUCAAUGUAGUACUUCAGACUACAGGGUUUAGCCUGAUUGAAUGUUCUUAUUCCUUGGAUGUAAAAAAAAAAAAACAAAAAAACCCUAAAAAGUUUCCAGGGGCUGAUUCUUAUGAAAUCACGGAAUCAUUUAAUGUUGUUUCCAAGGAAAUCUUUAGAAAUCUUAUCAUGAAUGAAUACCGAAGAUGUGAUGGUAGAGAUUUCAAUACACUUAGAAAUAUCAGUUGUGAAGUGGACUUGUUUAAAACUUUGCAUGGUUCAGCUUUAUUUCAAAGGGGACAAACACAGGUCCUCUGUACGGUUACAUUUGAUUCAUUAGAAUCAAGUAUUAAAUCUGAUCUUAUCACUACAGUAGCCAGUGGAAUAAAAGAAAAAAACUUUAUGCUUCAUUAUGAGUUCCCUCCAUAUGCAACUAAUGAGAUUGGCAGAGUUUCAGGUACAAAUAGGAGAGAACUUGGUCAUGGUGCACUUGCAGAGAAGGCUUUGAAAUCGGUGAUUCCAAGUAAAUUCCCUUUCACAAUAAGAGUUACUUCAGAAGUAUUAGAAUCAAAUGGGUCAUCUUCAAUGGCUUCUGUUUGUGGUGGGAGUCUAGCCUUGAUGGAUGCAGGAGUUCCCAUAUCAUCUCCUGUAGCAGGUGUUGCUAUUGGUUUGAUUACCAAGCCAAAUCCUGAAAAAAUUGGAGACAAUGAAAAUUAUUGCCUAUUAACAGACAUUCUGGGAAUAGAGGAUUAUAAUGGUGAUAUGGACUUCAAGAUGGCUGGGACAAAUAAAGGAAUCACUGCCUUACAGGCUGAUAUCAAGAUACCAGGAAUACCCUUAAAAAUAGUAAUGGAAGCUAUUCAACAAGCUACAAUUGCAAAGAAAGAGAUCUUGCAAAUAAUGAACAAAGUAAUUGCAAAACCUAGACCAAGCAGAAAAGAGAAUGGACCACUUACAGAAACUAUUCAGGUACCAUUGACAAAAAGAGCGAGAUUUCUUGGACCAGGAGGUUAUAAUUUAAAGAAACUUCAAGCUGAAACAGGGGUAACUGUUAGCCAAGUAGAUGAAGAGACUUUUUCCAUAUUUGCUCCAGUACCAGAAGCUAUGUAUGAAGCAAAAGAAUUUAUUAAUGAAAUAUGCAAAGAUGAUCAAGACUAUCAAUUGGAAUUUGGAGCUAUUUAUACAGCAACAAUAACUGAAUUAAGAGAUGCUGGGGUGAUGGUAAAAUUAUACCCAAACAUGACUCCUGUUCUACUUCACAACUCGCAGUUGGAUCAAAGAAAGAUUAAGCAUCCUAGUGCUAUUGGAUUACAAAUCGGUCAAGAAAUCCAGGUAAAAUACUUUGGACGUGAUCCAACUGAUGGAAGAAUGAGGCUUUCACGAAAAGUACUUCAGUCUCCAGCUACAUCUGUUGUUAAAACACUGAGUGACAACAAAAGUAUAGUAAUAGGAAAUGGAGUUCAUGAGUCUGCCAAUUCAGUAUAGCACAAGAAUCCUUCUGAAGUAAUAGAACUGUUCCCUUUGAUAGAGACUGAGUAAUUACUGGUAACAUAUACAGGUUUUUAUAUGCCCGUGUAUAUGUUAAAUUUCAUAGAAAUAUGAUUGAAUACCAGGUAAUUUUCCCUUGUGUUUAAUGCCUUUGGAGUUCUUUUGAAAAAUAAGAAUUCAUAGCCCUUUGUCCACUGUCGAAAAGCUGACAGACAUUUUCAAAUGAAUAGAAUGACUGUUUCCAGAAGUAUACAAUACCAUCCAAAUAUCUAUUUAAAACCUUAUUUCUAAUGCUAACAAGACAUUUCACAUGCAUAAGCUGUUUUCCUAUAUAUGUAGAAAUCUGUAUUAUUACAUUUAUGUAAUAUAUGCUCCCAGAAAUAAUUUUAAUGGAAGAACAAUCAUGUUGAAGAAGAUGCUUCCGAACAUGAACAUACAAAUGCAACACCUGGCUGUAACACAUUUUUGGAAUCCUGGGAUUUUUCUAAUCCCAGGAAAGUACAUUAUCUCAAACUGUUGAAUCUUUCCAAGCAAAUAAAAGUGGUUAGCAGCUUUUAUUGACAAUAAAUACUCUUUUGUGGAAUUAUAGAAUCUACGAAUACUUUUAAUGGAAAAUACCUUCAUUCUAUAUAGUUUAUCUGUGGUUCUACCGCCACAAGAAAAGUCAUUUGAUAUUAUGUGCCAUCAAUUUCAACUGCUAUCUAGUACAUAGAUAGAUUUUCUCCAUCACAACCUGUUCCUAAAAUGAUGAUGAUCCUCUUCUCUUUCCUAUCAUUUUCCCCAACUUUAGAGCCUUUUCCAGAGAGCUGAGUCUUUGCAUGAUGUAUUUGAUGUAGGAUAAUUUGAGCCUUGUCAUUUGUGCCAAGUGGGUUAUCUCAGUAUAAUCAUUCAGUAUAAGGAGAUAAAAAACAAAUGCCAAAAUCUUACAAAAAAUCCAAUGUGUACAUAUAAUUUUUGAUUAUAUGUAAUAUUUUAUUAAUGAGCGGUUGAAGGAAUAUAAAUGUAAUAUGAAUAUACAGACUUUUAUUUUGCUACUUUAAGCUAUUAAAGAUAUGUAAAUUUGUUCACAUUCUUAUGGAUUUUUUUUGUUUUUUAAUUAAUAAAAAAUUGUCAAAAGAAAAACUUUUAGCAAAAAGUGAAACAAAUACAACAAAGAAAAAUACAAAGAAUAAACAGUUACAGUGGGGCAAAAAAGUAUUUAGUCAGCCACCAAUUGUGCAAGUUCUCCCACUUAAAAAAAUGAGAGAGGCCUGUAAUUGUCAUCAUAGGUAGACCUCAACUAUGAGAGACAAAAUGAGAAAACAAAUCCAGACAAUCACAUUGUCUGAUUUGGACAGAAUUUAUUUGCAAAUCCAUUUUAUAUUGUUUGUCAAGUUCCAUGUAUUAGGUAUAUAAUUUAGAAAAAUAUUAUACUCUAAUAUUUUUAGCUUUUGCUGCAUAAUCAUGUAAUAUUUUCUCCCAAAAUUAAGUAUAGAAACAUUUUUAAACAAAAAAACAUUCUUAUUACAUAUCCAACAAAAUGCUGUUUUGACAGUUUUUCUAUAUGAACAUAAUGGAAUCAAAUACACUCUAAAUAUUUUCGUUGUGUAAAUUGUAAUUUGAGGGCCAUUGACACUCUUGCUGUAGAAGUUAAAACACUUCCAUAAUAUAGGACCCUCAGGUUCUUUAUUCCGCUCAUUUCUUAACAUCUGCAUGUCAAACUGAUUUAUUGAUAAUGUGUAUAAAAAAUAAUAGGCUUUUUAGUUUUAAAGAACUGGAUACGUUUUCGUAUCUCAAGUGUCUCAGAGGCUGAGAUACUUUUGUAUUUUUUAAAAUACCAUGUUUCCUCGAAAAUAAGACCCUGUCUUAUAUUUUUUUGAACCCUGAAAUAAGCGCUUGGCUUUAUUGCCAUGCACUCAAAAACCCGAUUGGGCUUAUUAUCAGGGGAUAUCUUAUUUUGGGGAAAACAGGGUAUCUAGCCUUUGUGCUAGCUUUUCCAAAACAAAUAUACACAUCAUUUGUAGAAACUUUUUCUACAUUUUAAAGCCUAUGAAGUACAGACAAACUACAAAUGUUUAUUUGCUGAUAUACGAAGUGCUAUAUUUACCCUUCUCAUCUGAUCUACAGUGGGUUAUCAUGUGCUUCUCCUAAUAAUAGGCUUUGCUUGCCUUAUGACUGGAAAUUGGUGUUGCCAUGAUAUUCUUCUGGACAUAAUUCAAAAUUUGGUUUAGCCUGUAAAACAAGGAUUUUAGUUCUGUGACACUUAAUAAUUAAGAGUCUUACCCCAGUAAUGCAAGAUUAUCUGAUAUGUCAGGAGCUUAAGUAAUAGUUCAGAACUUCUUUUGCAUCUAUUCCAGCUAAUACUGAUGGACUAGGCCUAUACAUAACUUGGCGAGAUGGCAAUAAAAUUCCCUUAUGUUCAGAGUAAGUGACUGUUGUGUUACUCAAAUAUGUGAGAAAUACUCCUUUUACUGUCAUCUUAAAGUAUUACCUUGGCACUUGAGAACUUGCUACUUUUUUUAAGGAUUAUUAUCUCUCAGUCACUUCUUUAAAACUAAAAAUUAAAUAUAUCGAAAGCCAUUCCUUUUUCAUUAAAAUUGCAAAAUUUUUAAA